AUUCUUAAACCUAUCAAAAUUUGAAGUAACAAGGCAUAUUUAACCUAUCGUAUUUAGUAUAUAAUAAGAUUCUGGUGCGAUACGAAUAAAGCGGCACAAUUUUAGUGCAACAUCGAUAAAAUAUUAUUUGUUAAUACUUUUUCUUGUAAUACUAUUAGUGUAAAAAUUUGUUGAUAUUGUUUAUUUUAGAAUCCUUAGAAAUCUCUGGUACUUCCUAAUAUGACUAGAUCAAAGAUAGAGUUAGGAGAUGUAACCCCACACAACAUAAAACAGCUAAAACUUCUUAAUCAAGUGGUAUUUCCUGUCUCGUAUAAUGAGAAAUUUUACAAGGAUGUGUUAGAAGCUGGAGAAUUAGCGAAACUGGCAUAUUAUAAUGACAUAGUGGUUGGAGCAGUUUGUUGUCGAGUAGAUACCUCAGAAAAUUCUAGGCGUUUAUAUAUUAUGACGUUGGGAUGCCUUUAUCCCUAUAGAAGAUUAGGAAUUGGUACUGUAAUGGUACAACAUGUUUUAAACUAUGUCAACAAAGACGGCAAUUUUGAUUCAAUCUUUCUUCAUGUUCAAAUAAGCAAUGAAGGAGCUAUUGAUUUUUAUAAGAAAUUUGGAUUUGAAAUAGUAGAGACGAAGGAACACUAUUAUAAGAGAAUAGAACCUGCAGAUGCACAUGUACUACAAAAAACAUUACGUCCUAGAAUAAAUAAAGAACAAACAAAUAUUCAACAAGUCAAUCAAUAAAAAAUUGUUGAUCAUUAAUUUAUGGCAUCCAAAAAAAACUACAUGUCCUUACAGUCUGGUAAUAAAAUAAUUUUUAUUCUAUUUCCCAGUGUGUUAUAAGUUAUAAAAUUAGAAUUUUAUAAAUAAUUUAAUAAAGUUAACAAAUACAAUGUACUUCCAUGUAAAAAACAAAUGUAACUUAAUAAACCCUAUGAAUUGUUAACACUUUCUCAAAACAAAGAAAACUUCUAUC